AUGUGCGGCACUAACAACAACAAGCAAUGGAAAGAUGCAGAAGUGACUCUCAAAUGGUAUUAUGACGAGAGUGGGACUUGGACGGUAGAAGAAAUGGCAGAAAAGUUCUCUUGUCUCUUUCGAGAGCCAAGCAGGUUUCAAGUACAUUGCUUGAAGCUGGGCUGGGACUCAAUGAGAGGAUGCUAUGCUAUGAUCAGGCCUUGGUGGCCUUAUGCCUGUGGAGGUGGUGGUGGGUCCCGUACACUGGAGUUACGGUAUCGGCCGUGGUCCUCUCUUUAUUCCCAAAAUGAAAUUGUGUGGGGUCGGGCUGGAUCGUUGCCUCCGCCCAAGAAUUCAAAUGCCCUGAAGGGUGAUUGGGAGACCAACACCGCAAAGAAGAUUGCUGCAGGAUUUGAUGCUUUGUGCUUCAUUGUUCUGAAAUCUGGUAUCCGUACCUUACACAUCAAGUCUUUGGACCAUGAUUUAGCUGCAGAUAUUCUGUGCAAGCACUUGAUACACACACCAAACAAGAUUACUCACUUUGAGUUUCAACAAUUUGGGAGAUGGGGAAAUGCACCCAAUAGAAAGCGCCGUCACAUUCACCUCUGUGCCAAGCUUCUUCAACAGUCAGUCCGACCAUACCCAAACAUAAUGGUGGAGGGCUUGAAUGACUAUGUCCAACCUGACAUUUUCCGAUUCCUUCAGUCCAUCAAAAGUGCCACCAGCCUCUGUGAUCUUGAUCUGCAACAAAACCGGUUUAUUGACAACCGGCACCGAGAGCGCCCUAUUCGGCACGAAGGUCGCUACAUGGUCAACAGCUUGCCUGGUGAUGUUCAAGGUGCCCACUUACAUCCUCUUAUCCGGGCACUAGAAGCCCCUGGCUGCCCUAUCAAAAAGAUUAAUUUGGGUGGCAUUCUCCUCACAAAGAAUUCAGCCAUUCUCCUUGCCAGCACUAUGUCUUCCUACAAGGGUCUGGAAAACCUUGGACUGUGUGGCACAGGCCUGACGGAAAACAUUCUGGUCACAUUGUUUCAAUUGGGCCUGUCGGCAGACAACAAAACCCUUUUGGAACUUAAUGUGUCAUGGAAUCCCUUUACCCCCAAAGUGAUGAAAGCCUGUUGUGAGUCGCUUGUGUCAAACACAACCCUCAAUGUCAUGAAGGCUGAGCACUGCGGCAUUGAUUUGGCCCAGAUUACAACUUUAUCAUCGAGGUUUCCAGACAUUCGUGGACUCCGUCAUCUGCACCUGGAUGGCAAUGAGUUUGCAUCGACACCUCUAGUUGAACCAGCUUCAGGUGUUGUGAAACCAACAUUGUCCAAUGGAACUGACAACACUGUUGAAUCACAAGGUGCUGUUUGUCUAGUGACUGCCCUGGAACGAAAUCAAUCUCUGUGGUCAAUCAGAAUGGGAGAGUAUGGUAGAGUACCACGAUCAUGCUGCACUCCACCUACCUACACUGAUCGCAUCAGUCUCAUUACAAGGUACCAGUUGAAGAAUUGUCUCCAGAGAAAUAUACAACUCCACAAAGAGAAGAAGUGGUCACAAAUGAAGCAGGCUGUUGUGCGAUUGGCAGCCUUGCUUCUCUACAAAAUCAAUCAACAAGAACAUCCUAACUGCCUGAAAGAGACUUGA